UCCUUUUCAUCUUUGGUUUGUAAAUGAUGUUUGGGUGAAGGGCGUGGCGUACGGAGAUUGUCUGUUUAUGUUUACAAAAGUUGAAAUCCCUGCUUUACUAUAGGUGACACGAGAACCACAAACAAUCAGAAAAAUAAUAAUAAAUAAAAUGGAGUUGUAAAAGAGAAAGUAUGAUGUUCUGAAAUUAAAAUGGCAGUUCUAGAGAACUAUGUUCGUCUUUUAGAGAAAGAUUCAAAGCUUGUUUUGAGCGCUUGGAAAGCUUUCCAGAUUAUAUUUUAUACAGUUAUAUUCUUCUCUGGAAUUGCAACAAGUUAUUGUGUCAGUGGUAUAACAGAAAGUUUUGCAGGCAACUGUUUCCUAUUUAGCAACGUUACUUUUGUGCAUAAUGGGAACACACAAAAUGAGUCUAGAAAGUUGCAUUUACCAAUUGAUGCUGAAAAGACUUUAUGGGGUAAAGAUUCUACUUGCGAAUUCUGUCAGUAUGUACCUGUUGCAGCAGUUAUAUUUUCACUGGUGUGGGCCACUUUGUUUAUGAUGUGUGGUAAAGGCGGGAAAGCAGUAUCAGGGCUCCCACAGCCUUGGCGGAUAGUAUUCCCUGCAUUUGUCUUCAACGUGAUAUACUUCGUUAUUUCUCUUGUCGCCACAAUACAUCUCGUUAAUGGAAUUGAUACGUUCUGCCUCAAUUUUAUAGAGAAUAACGGCGUAGCACAUUGCAGUGUUCUGACAAAAAUAGACUUGGCUGGUAGAUCAGGACAGCUGACAUAUGACUUGAUGGUGUUCUCAAAGGUAUCUGCUUGGAUUAAUACAGUAUGUUGGUUACUGGGAACGUGCCUGCUUCUCUUACGAUGUUUCUGCAUUGCUGAUUUUGAGCUUGUUGAAAUUACUGUUUCAACAUAUGAACCCACAAGGAUCUCGAUAUCCUCAGGAAGCCGUCCAAGCUUAGAAGCUCUUGGAGAGACAUCGGAGUCUGAUGCACCAUAAGACUACAAAGCUUUUUUGCUUUCACCAGUAAUCUUACACAUAUAUGAAAAUUUUAAACAACAGUAUUUGCAAGUUUGCUCACUGUAGCCCACUGAACUAAUUGUGUGCUGUUCUUCUUGCAUAUAUUGCAAACAUGCUCUUUGCUCACUGUUCAAUUGGCUGAUGAUUUUGAUAGCUAUCUAAUCAUCUCAUUUUAUACAUUGUACUUAUAUUUUAUACACAUAAGUAUUUAUUCCAUACUAUACUUGUUAGUAAUAUAAAUGCAUUUAAAUGUUAUUGCAUUUUCAAAUGGUUAACAGUAUUUGAUAUCUUUGCUCACAGUAUGUAUUCCCUCCUCAAACGACAAU